AUGAGGUCUUUCAUCUCCGCCGUCCUUUUCGCCGGUGCUGCUUCGGCGCACACAAUCUUCCAGCAGAUCGGUAUCAAUGGAGUGAUGCAGACACGAUAUGACUUUAUGCGUCUGCCCACCUACGACGGCCCCAUCACCGAUGUCACAGCCACUGAGAUGGCCUGCAACGGCGGUCCAAACCCUCUUGUCAAGAUCUCGCCGAACGUUGCUACUGUUGCUGCCGGGUCUACUAUCACCCUCCAAUGGUACGUAUUAUAG